UGUGCCGCCACAGUCUACCAUAAGAUCCUGUUCAAUUAAUAAGUGGCGUGACCGUGGAACCAAGCUGACAUUGCAGUUGCAGUUAUUUUUUUUUUGUGACAGUAUCCUGAGCUUCUUUGAGUUUCUCUUUGAAAAUCGAAUCUGCUCUCAGAUAUAUUCUCUGGGGAUGUACGACUGACGAGCGCCCAGGGAAAUUCCCGAGGGUCUCUUCGCGGUCGACCAUGGGCGGUGUGCAGAGCGGGACUCAUAAUCUUGGCGAGGCAUUAUGGGUGCAGGAGCGACAAAGACAGAAGUGCCAUCGAGAGGGCAGCCGCUACGACUCUCACUCGGCACAGUCGACACAGGAUCGCAGGAAGCUGCUGAAACGUACGAGGAGUCUUGCAGUGAUAUCGGAAGACGAUUCUCGACAGGAUCGAGAAGCGGCGCAUUUUCGGCUAGGCCAGUCGACCUUCGAUUUGCCCAGGAGACAUCAAUUGAUCCCGAGGGCUAAGCUAAUCGAUCGGAAUUCUCUCAAGGACAGACUCUCUAAGAGUCAGCAGCAUCUGUCGGACUCUUACGAGAAAUUCAACGAGACAAAAUCUUAUCAUUCGCGAUCGACGUGUGGCCUUUACUCGAUUUCAUCGGGUCUCGAGUCUCUUCCAGAUCCGUUGUCUUAUACUCGCAAAAAUCGUAUCGAUCCUGAUCGACUGAACAUUCUUGACUGGCCGGAUCCUCCAAGGCGGUACCGCAGCGUGCAAAAUUUGGAUACUGUAAGCGGAUUGGUUGACAUCGUCGAAGAUAAUUGGCCUAUUGAAGGCAAUCGAAGUAUCGAUUGCAUAUAUACGCAGGUGAAGCGCAAGCGUAAGGAGCAUCGGAGUUUAGACAGCAUCCUCUUUGAAGACGAUGGAGAAUUGGAAUACUUCGACGUAUUGAAUUUGUUACCUCUCUCUAACAUACGGUUGGAAUAUAACGAGACUGACUUGUCGAGCGACAGUAAUUUCACACAUAAAAAAAUACACGGUUUGCCAGAUUUAAGAGUACUAGAGUAUAACGAACCGAAUGAGGUUUCGCCGACGAGGAGCAGCAACGCCACAGACGAGGAGAAGUGUAAAGAGCAUGAGGUGAACGAGGAUAAUCUCGCUCGAGGUGACGACGAAUCUGAGAAAGAGCUGCGUGAGAAUCUUGAUUCCGAGAGAACGUCCUCUAAGAGGACGGAUUCAAAUCGGCGACAGCAUCGAGAAACUGACGAAAGUUUCGGAGCAGAUUCAGAGAUUAACUCAGUGAAUCAGUACUCCCCCUCCUCAUCUAAGACCGAUCAUACGGGAACCGAUGUUGAAAAUUUUGUGAUUUCCUGCGAGGAAGAGGACCAAAAGAUCGAGGAGAUAGAGGACUAUAAAUCGAUCUGGAUUCCAGACGAAAAUCAAAACAAAAUGUCACGAAGACCGCAAGUUCUUAAAGUCGUCGACAAUGAUGUCACCAGGAGACGUCAUCGGCGCUCUGUCGUGGAGAUUGAUGCUAUCGUCGAGGACGUGCCACAAGAUAAGAGAUCGCAGGAGAUUACGGAGGAAGUAAACGAGCGUCUUAAUGCCUCUAUAAUUACAUCGAUUAAUAAUGUGAAGGACGAAGGCCAUGGAAGGAAAGCGAAAGAAGCUACGACGCCAGAAAAUGCGGAAAAUGGAGCAACGGUAGACGACGCGAGAAACUUCUUGGAGCGGAAAAGUACCGAGAAGGAGGCAACACGAAAUAAGCAAAACGAAGGCAGAUUUGAGAGAAUUGUGAAGGAGACAUCCAACAUUCUCGGCAAGGCAUGCAGCGUCGUAAAGGGCAGCUUGGGUUUCGAAGCGAGGUCAGAAAGCUCCGAUCUCGGUCUCGGUUCCGAAUCCGGUAGCGAUUCUCGUCGAAGAUCGGUGGACGAUGGUAUCGAGGACGAUCGGCCGUCAAGAAAAAUAGAAAAUUCCAAUAAUUCCGCCACACUAAGAACAGACGACAGUAAAAAAUCGCACACCAAUCUCACCAGGUCCAGAAGUUGCGUGGAUUCUAUAGAGUGCCAGGAUGACGGUCAGGAGUUCGAUCACGUGCGCUACAAGAUCGUAAAGUCGCAUAUGUUCAGCAAGAACGUAUUCAAUACCGCUCGAGGCGACGUUACGUACGAGGGAUUGAUGCAAUAUUUACGCGAAUAUUCGUUCCAAGAAUUGUUGAUGGAUAACAACGUUGUCAUUAUUGAGCCGGUUCGCGCCGAGACGAUAGAGCGAAAGUCAUCAUCGUUGACCAGAACAGAACCCAAGUGUAAGAUCGCUGGUGCGAUCCAGAAGAAGACAGAGAACCACGAAAGAAACGGCGAACAAUCUGAGAGUGGCGGCACUGCUAAAAGCUCUAGGCAAUCAUCCAUUAAAAAGCACUUCUUCUAUCAACCUAUACGAGUGAAUCGUGAGCUGAUUGACGAAGAGCUACCGGAUCCGGAUACUGUCAGAAACGUGAGACGUAUGUUCGAGAACACUCUCGAGAAAAAGAAAAUAAGCGAUGCUGAGUUCUCCAGAGAUGACAAGACUAGAAGGAGCGUCAGCAUGAAGGAUUUGACUAGCAUCGACGACAAUCGAUACGACGAAAUAUCCGACAAGACACGCGAAGAAUCCAGAUCCAGAUGUUCCAGCAGAGCGAAAGAUCUCACAAGACUCUUCGAGACCAAGUCCGUGUCAUCGACCAUUUCCAUAGCCAAGGAGGAAAUCGGAAGUCCACGAUGCGAAUCGAAAACGAAAAUUCUCGCGCAAAGUUUCGAAGCUAGAAGCGGAAACACGUCACCAAGUGGCUCUAAUUGUUCUAAGAACAAAGUCGGUCGUUAUCAUCAUCAUCAUCAUCAUCAAAACUGGGAUUCCGGCAGCGUGAGUUCCGGCGUGUCCAGCGAUUAUCCUGACACUGAUCCCGGGAGUGGUGCCCAUUGUACAUCGUCCGAUGACGAGGAUGUGAAUUGCAACGAUGACGAUGCAGAUGCGACCAGUCCGGGGCAUUACGUGUCUCAAGACGUAUUGCGAAAGAUCCGCGAAUGCGGCACUUCUGUAACUUACUAUGGCGGAAAAGUGGUUAAUAUGCACAAUGGGCCAUUAGUCUCGCCGUUGAUCGGCAAUGGCUUUAAGCGAAUCGACAAAUCGAACGAUUACGUAAAGUUCAAAUUAGUGAAGAGCAACUCUUGUGAUAGUAGGCUGGAGUUAACUGGCAGAUUCGUCGAGGGACAAUCGUUACGUCGCAAUCGGGGUAGAUGUGCCGAUCUCAGGCAAUGUACCAUCGCGGAAACACCCAGUAUCGAGAUCACAUCGAUCGAUAGGCAAAAGGAUGAGACACAAAAGGACGAGGAUGUUAAACAGAUGAAGAGGGAACCUCCGGUGGUGAUUGGUCUGGAGCCAAAAAAAGAAGAUUCCAAGGAAUCGAGGAAGAUCUUCAAAGCUGACUUUAAGCUGGGCGAUCUGGACGACUCGAGAUCCAAUUAUCCGAAUAGAUUUAUGCCAAGCGCGUUGACGAGGUGGGAAGUGAAUUCGAGCUGGAAAGUCGGUAAUGAUUUCGGGAAAAUGGAAUUCGAAGAGUUCGAGGUGCUCGAAGAUAGUCUCAAUGGAAUCAGUGAGCAAAACAAAUACACGCAAACAUCCUGAACGAAAAGUUUCUUGUAUAAUAUUUAUUUUUGUUAUGUGAUUGGAACGAACGAUAAUAGGAGAUAUAACGUUGUUAUUAUUUUU